AUGUCUUCGACAACCACAGAAGAGGGCACACCUCGCACAAUAACCCUCACCAAUGGCAAGACCUUCACAUUCGGGUCGAAUGCGUCAACGACGGACGAAGCAAUUCCUGUUAUUGAUGUCUCAGGCAUGUACAGUGACAAGCUGGAGGACAGGCAGGCGGUUGCUGAAGAGAUCCGCAAAGCCGCUCAUGGCAUUGGAUUUCUCUCCAUAGUCAACCAUGGUAUUGACAUGAGCCUGGCACAGAAUGUGCUAGACCAAGCAAAAUCAUUCUUUGCUCUACCAGCCAAGAAGAAAAUGGAAGUGUGCACGGAUCUGAUCCCGGAUGAGUAUUGCGGAUACCAUCCAAUGCAGCACUACAACCCCAACGGCUGGAAGCAGCGAGAUCUGUACGAGGCGUAUAAUUGGAAUUACAAUGCCGCCAAUGAUCCUGAAUAUCCGGAUUCCUCAAUUCCGGAAAUCAAUCUUUGGCCGACGGAGAUGCGGGAAUUCAAAAAGACGCUGUGCGCAUAUCAGACAGAAAUGAUACGGCUUGCUCGCAGAUUGACGAAGAUGUUUGCUCUGGCGCUGCACAUGCCUGAAAAUUCGUUUGAUGAUAUCGUCAAAAGGCCAGAGGCAGGGGCGAGGAUAUUGCAUUAUCCCCAACAGGAAGCAUCCCGGGACGACCAGAAUGGGAUAGGAGCACACACUGAUGUGGAAUAUUUCACCAUCAUCACGGCAGACACAGAAGGCCUAGAAGUGCUCAGUAAAUCCGGCCGGUGGAUCAAGGUGAAACCGAUCCCUGGAUCGUUCAUCGUCAACAUUGCGGACUGUUUUAUGCGUCAGACGAACGAUUUCUUCGUAAGCACGGUACACCGUGUCAUCAAUGAGAGCGGCAGAGAAAGGUAUUCUGUUCCAUUCUUCUGGGGCUUCGAUCGGCAAAGCGUCCUCAACCCUAUCCCAACUUGUGUCAGUGAGGACAAUCCAAACAAGUAUCCAGUGAUGACGGCUGGAGAGUACUAUUUGUGGCGGACAAGGAGGCAGAAGACGAUGUGGAAGAUUGGAGAGGGCAAGGCACAAGCUUACUGA